GUUAAUUUCCCACGCUUCACAAAAAAACAAAACCAAAACGAAAAGAAGGUGAUCACCACAACUGCCAUUGAUGCCCAGCCCGAUAUCCUCAGCCCAGGGUGCAUAGAGCUCUACCCAAUUCCCACCCGGUUACGCGAUUGCCCCCCCUGCUUUGGAGAGAUCCCCUACCUUCAGGCGCCAGCUGUCUUCUCUGAAAUGGAAGAGGCGAUCAGAGCCGUGGAAGAGAUCGUGGGGUACAAGUUCAAGGAAAAGACGCUCUUAAAAGAGGCCCUGACCCACCCAUCCUACGCCGAGUCGCAGUCCUACCAGCGGCUCGAGUUCGUCGGCGACGCGGCGUUGGGGCUCGCGCUCUCAAACCACGUCUACCUGGCCUACCCUGACCUCGACCCAGGCCAGCUCUCCCUCCUACGCGCCGCCAACAUAAGCACCGAGAAGCUCGCGCGCGUCGCCGUCCGCCAAGGCCUCUACCGCCACUUCAGGCACAAUGCCGUGGCUCUUCGCGAUAAGGUUCAAGACUUUGUUGAUGCAGUCAAUGCGGAAGAUGAUACGGUUGUGUAUGGUGGAGUGGUAAAAGCCCCGAAAAUUCUUGCGGACAUUGUAGAGUCUGUGGCGGCUGCUAUAUACGUUGAUGUUAAUUUCGACCUGCAAACAUUCUGGGUGAUUUUUAGGGGUCUCUUGGAGCCUAUUAUCACGCAAAAAGACUUGCAGCAACAACCACAGCCCGUUACAAUGUUGUUUGAGCUGUGUCAGAAGCAGGGUAAGCAUGUUGACAUUAGGCAUUGGAGAAAAGGGGCAAAGAAUAUUGCUAGUAUAUAUGUUGAUGGCAGGUUUGUUGCCUCGGGUUCUUCUGAGCAGAAGGAAAUCGCAAAGCUUAAUGCAGCAAAGCAAGCUUUGAGUAAGUUAUCGCAAUCUAUCCCCACUAACCCUGGGAUGCUUGAAUUUUCUGUACGGCUCGAUGGGUCAUUUGAGAUCGAAGGUGCAAAACAAAUGUUACAUGAGCUUUGUGGCAAGAAAAAGUGGCCUAAACCUACUUACAGCAUUGAGAAGGACACGGGUCUGCCACAUGACAAGAAAUUUGUAUACUCAGUUCAAAUACCAACUGUAGACGGUGUUUUAAGUAUGCAGGGGGAUGAACGGUCAAGAAGAAAGGAGGCAGAAAAUUCUGCAGCUUCAUAUUUAAUUCGUGCCUUAAAAGAAUCGAAUUGUUUAUGAUGCUACUUCUCUUUUUAGAAGACUAGGAGAUAGAAGCAACCACAUCUGAUGUUCUAAUGCUCUCCCUAGGUUUAUAGAGGGAUGCUUUCUGACGGACAAGUUGCGGCAAUCAAAAGAGCUGAGCAAGUAUCACUGCAGGGUGGACUAGAGUAAAAUACUCAAAUUAAGUUGCGUUGGCGAUUUCCUCACAAGAAUCUUGUUGGCCUUAUGGGUUUUUAGACUAGUUUUUUCUAUUUUUUAUUUAUUUUAAGGAGUGUAAACUAGGUGUUGUUGUAUUGUGUGUUGUGAUUGUGGUCCAUGAGGCCCAAAGCAAAAAGCCUAAUCAAUACUUCAAUUGCUUAUAGGCAUAGCAAACUCAAACAAGGGUGAAAUAAAUGAUUGAAUGUUUUUCUAUAUAUAUAUAUAUACUUUUUUUUUU